UUUUGUGUGUGUCGGUUGUCUCUCCUCGCCAUCAUGUCCGAAACGGCGCCCGCAGUUGCGGCCAGCGCUGCUGCUCCUGUCGUGGCCUCCAAGGCUCCGGCCAAAAAGGCGAAGAAGGCUAGCGGCGCCGCCAAAGCGCGCAAGGCUUCGGGUCCCAGCGUCACCGAGCUCAUCGCCAAGGCGGUGGCGGCGUCCAAGGAGCGCAAAGGGGUGUCUCUGGCGGCGCUGAAGAAGUCCCUGGCGGCCGGAGGCUACGACGUGGAGAAAAACAACAGCCGCAUCAAGUUGGGCCUGAAGAGCCUGGUGAACAAAGGUACCCUGGUGCACACCAAGGGCAUCGGCGCCUCGGGGUCCUUCAAGAUCGGCAAGAAGGCCGGCGAGGGCAAGGAGAAGGCGCCCAAGAAGAAGGCGGCAGCCGUCAAAGCCAAGAAGCCCGCCGCCAAGAAAGCCGCGGCCGGCGGCGUCAAGAAGCCCAAGAAAACCGUGGCGGCCAAGAAGAGCCCCAAGAAGCCCAAGAAGCCCGCGGCCAAGAAGGCGGCCAAGAGCCCCAAGAAAGCGGCCAAGCCCGUCAAGCCCAAGAGGGUCGCCAAGAGCCCGGCCAAAGCCAAGGCGGUGAAGCCCAAGACGGCCAAGUCUAAGGCAGCCAAGCCGAAAGCAGCCAAGGCUAAGAAGGCGGCGCCCAAGAAGAAGUAGACGUGGAGCGCGCGCUGCUAAAAAACC